CCACGUGAGUUUGUAAACACAGGGACAGGGAGCAGAGGGCGGCCAUUCUCCCACAUCCAUGAGGCCCCGGCUCUUUCCCCUGGCAUUACUUGCCAGUGUCCUGUUCUUGUGUCGGAGCUACACCCUGAGGAGCUCCGUGUCGUGGGUCGUGUCCUCCAACGACGUGGUGGAGGACGCGGACCUGUCGGAGGAGGUCGCCCCGGCUCUGCUGGUGGACGGCGCGGGGCUGUGGAAGCAGGCGUACCCGUCCUCCAGUGUCCUCGGGGACGGCGUAGAGAGCCCCGGGGAGCUGGUGAAGCCGGAAAACGACGAUGUUGCGCAACUGUCCUCUCGUCUGUUUUCGUACCGACUGGAGAAGGUGAAGUCAGGAGGCAGCGGCAGCAGCAGCAGCCCUCCCCCGCACCAGGAGACCGCCAGGACGGCCAGAUACAUAGCCCACUACAGCGACUGGGGGGUCCUGUCCACCAUCUCCACUCAAGACAAGAUCACAGGUCUCCCCUUUGGCAACAUCUUCUCAGUCAGCGAUGGAUCACUGGACAACAGCACUGGAGUUAUUUAUUUCUAUGUGACUCCAAUGGACAACACAGUGUCAGACUUGAAAAGUAACCCGUAUGCUUCUCUGACAUUCUCAGAGGCUGAGGGCGAAUUCUGUAGGCAAAUGGUGUAUGAUCCUGAGGAUCCACGGUGCGCUCGACUCACACUAACGGGAAAGAUGGUGGAGGUACCCCCAGAGGAGAUCCCAUUUGCAAAGGAGGCGAUGUUCUCAAGACAUCCUGUGAUGGCAAAAUGGCCAGUGGGUCAUAAGUGGUUUUUCAUGAAGCUGGAGCUGAUCCAGGUCUGGCUGCAGGACUGGAUUGGAGGCACAUCAUUAAUUCCGUUGGAGGACUACUUUAAAGCUACACCCUUCUGAGAAUAUCCUUUCAAAUACAGAUCAGCUCAGAUGUCACCUCAAUAAAUGAUAUCCAAAGCUGCAUGGUGCAAAGAGAUUUUUCAGUGUUUUUCAAAUACAGAAUUAAUAUGCUCCUCUCUUAACUUGGCUUUUUAACCAAACUCAGCUAUACACUGUGUGAUAUGAGAAUGUAUUUAGAGAAUUGUUUGACAUAUCAUGUACUUUAUCCCUUUGGGUUAAAACGUGUACUGUCUGAUUAAUAAAUGAAUGUUUCUGGAG